ACCAGAGGGAAGAGGUUCCCACAGCCCCAGCCAGGGACCCGCUCCCAAGGCUGUUGCCAUGGCCACCAGGGCUGGGACCAGCUGGGAUGCUCGGUUUCCAUGGACCAGGGUUUAGGAAUGGGAUUCUCCCCCACUCCCAAGGAUGUUGCCAUGUCCACCAGGGUUGGGACCAGCUGGGAUGCUCGGUCUGCACAGGCUGAGGUUUAGGAAUGGGAUUCAUUCACCCCAAUGUGAGGAACGCAAGGCUGCUAGAAGUCCCACAGGAAGCCCAGCUCAAGUAGCUAGAUUCCUAAAUUAGUCCUGAAUUCACAGGCUUGGAGACUUUGCCACAUGUGAAAAUCAUAAGUGUCUUCGUCCCUGUCACCUUUGUCACAGCUAUACAGAGUUUUUCCUUCCUUUUAAUAAUCUUGGGCCAAAUUUCCAUCUUUUUUUUUUUUUGGAACCUGCCAGCAGCUGAGCUGGAGCUGUGCAGGAACCGAUGAAACUUGGAAUUGGCACAGAAUUGCUUCCAUUGUUGGUUUAUUAAUGUUUGGGAUUUGUUUACAUUUCCAUCACAAGUGACUUGUGGCAAGAGCAAAUGUUCCUCAAGGCAUUUAACAUGGUGUUAAGUUUGAUUUCUGCCAAGUUUAUUUUGUCCAGUGCCCAGGGGAUGCUUGAGGGAUGCUUGGGAGGGGCUUGGGGGGAUUCUGUCCCUGUCCCUGUCACCUCAGGCCAUUCCUGAGGUGGUGUCCAUCAUUCUCACCCCAGGGAAUGCCUGGGGGUCUCCCUCUCUCUCACCCCCAUGCCAGGGGUAUGCUCGGGGCAGUCUCUGUCCCUCUCAGCCCAGGGGAUCCUCGGGGAUCUCUGUCCCCUUGCCCUGCUGGUUGCUCGGUGGUCUCUCCAUCCCUCUGGCCUCAGGGAAUGCCUGUGCAGGGCUGGGGACCAGGGGCUCUGUGUCCCUCUCACUGCUGAGGGUGCUUGGGGCUGGGGGGCUCUCCGACCUUCCCAUCCCUGUGGAGGCUGGGGGGGUCUCUGUCCCUCUCAGCCCUGGUGUGACCCCACCCAAACAUCAUCGGGGUCAGAGGGACAGAGACACCCCCAACCCCCAGAAGGGCUGGACCUGGGAUCAUGCUCCUACCCACAUUUGUCUGUUUAGCCCAGAAAUGAGUUCUGCACAUUUAAGGCUGGUUCUGAGAGCGAAGGGAGGGAGGAAGAAGUGAGCAGUUUGUUUUACAAACUGCACUCACUCCUCCACAUUCCAGCUCCUGGAGGGACAGAUGGUGGGACAGGGCUCUCCUUGGCUUUUAGGGUUUUUUUAGCUCUCUGAGGCAGAGAAGUUCCCUGGACUGUGAUUUUUCUUUUUCUUUGGAGCUGUUUUAACCUGCUCUGGACUGAACACCCAGAAGGGCACUGGCAGCUCACACCUGUGGCCCAUUGGGCUGAGUCUGGGCUGUGGCUUUUCCAGUGAUGGAGGAACUGAUAAGAGACAGAUAAGAGACUGAUAAGAGAAUGAGUGUGCUGAGCUACAGCCCAGGGAGGGACUUGCUGAGUUUGUCAUCUCUUUUGAAGUGGCAAGAGGUUUUGUUGUUUAAUAUUGGUCAUUUGCUCUGCUCGUGAAUCCCUUGCCUGUUAAAUAACCAGGUUUUUUCUACUUUUCUCCAAGGAAAUCUUUUCCCAAACUGGUUGGUGGAGGGGCCGCUUGAAUUUGCUUUCUAGUGGAAUCCCCUUGUCGAGGUUUUCUCCCAAAUUUGCCCUAAACCAGGACAGGACAGUGGGGAGAGGAGAGAGCCCCAAGUAACUGGAUUGGGUGGAGGCUGGAGAUGGGGAUCCUGGGACCCCAAAGUGUGACAUUGUCCCCUGUGUGUGUGGCCUUCUCAGGGUGAGGGUUUUACACCUGAGCCAGUUUGGGUAGGGGGGAUGGUGUUCACCCCCCGAGCAAGGAUUACCCCACUGUUUCAGGUUGCAGUGCAAGAUGUAACCAAAUGCAUGUUUUCCAUCACCACCUUUAGAAACUGUUAUAAACAGGCGGGGCAGUGUUCUUUAUCUCUUCCAUGACUCAGCCCUGAUAACAUCCCCAGGGGCUAUCUUAGGUUAAUGGGCCAUUGAGUGUCCCUGCAGGACUGGUAAAAUGACAUCAUCCCAUUGUGGAAUGCUCCGCCCAGGGGGAGGAGCCACGCAUUCCUACCUGGAUAUAAGCUGAGACUUGCAGCACCAGGAGCACCUUGGCUACUGGAUUCCCAGAGGACAAGAGCUCCAUCACCACCACUGGACCUUAAGAGGAAGACCAGACCCUUCUACAGGAUCACCGCUUCGACAGAAUCACGUUCAUCACUGCAACAGGACUGAGGCCACCAUCUAAUGGGACUGCUACCAGCACCCUGACCAACAGGGUGCCAGGUUAUAUCCUGACUGUCAGUUUAAGGCAGUGUUUCUGUAUCAUUGCCUUAAUCUUAAUUUUCUUCUUAAAUUGCAAUUCUAUCUUAGACUGUACCCCUGGUUUACCCUCAAACCUGUACAUAACUCAAUGCACUCAUCUCUUGUUUUCCUCCCAAAACAGAAUUUCCCAUCUCAAAACCACUGCCAGAUGGAGGAGAAGGCUGCGAGGAAGAGGAAGAUGUCCCGGGACCAUCAGACAAGGAGAUGAGGAUGGAGACCAGCGAGGACAAAUCUCCACAGCAGAACCUUGUGGAAGAGGCCGUUUUGAGUGGCUCCAUGGCACAGGAAUCCAAUGGGGAAGAAAAUUCCCUGAGAUCCUGCAGGAGGAGGUGCUCCAAACCCAGCCCAGGGUGCUCUGAGGAGGAAAGACCCAGCCUGUUGCAGGAAGGUGGACAGAGCUUCAGCCAGAGCUCAGAGCUGAUGGUCCAUGAGCAGCUUCAUGAUGGGGAGAAGCCCUACAAGUGCUUGGAGUGUGGGAAGAGCUUCAGGCAGAGCUGCCACCUGAUCUGCCACCAGAGGGUCCACACCGGGGAAUGGCCCUACAAGUGUGGGGAGUGUGGCAAGGGCUUCAGCUACAGAUCCACCCUUGUGACCCACCAACGCAUCCACACCGGGGACAGGCCCUAUGAAUGCCUUGAGUGUCAGCAGAGAUUUCAGACCCGCUCCACUCUCCUCAGGCACCAGAGGAUUCACAGCGAGGAGAGGCCCUUCCUCUGCCCCGACUGCGGGAAGGGCUUCAAGCAAAACUCCCACCUUGUCACCCACCAGCGCAUCCACACUGAUGAGAGGCCCUUCCUCUGCCCCGACUGCGGGAAGGGCUUCAAGCGCAAUUCCCAACUCGUCACCCACCGGCGCAUCCACACUGGGGAGAGGCCCUACCAGUGUCCCCAGUGUGGGAAGAGCUUCAUCAGCAGCUCUAACUUGACCCAACACCAAUGGAGUCACCGGUAAGGGAAGCCCUGCAAAUGCCCCUGCUGCAGGAAGAGCUUCAUGAACUGCUCCAGCUUCAUCCCCCACUGGAUGACCCAUGCUGGUCAGAGCCCUGGUGAUCCAUGUUUCCUGUGAUCCAUGCUGGGAGGACACCUGUCCCUUUCCCUGCCCCUGCCAAUGACAUGAUGUGGAAUCGAAUAACAUGAGGUUGUGGCCAUGGCCGUGACAUCCCAUUCACUCCCACCUCUGGUCAUUGCCAGGGGCAGGAAAGGGAGUCUCUCCCCUCGAGGAGAAGGGUGUCCUUCCCAGGCAGGAGGAAAUUGUGGCCGGGAAGAGACAGUCAGCUGAGUUGUAAUUUUCCAUUUUUCUUAUCCCUUUUGUUAUCAAUAU